GAAACAUGCUUUAAUAGAGAAAGUAUGCAAUGCAUACUGCUCAGCUACAACCCCCAAUUAUACUGCAACUGGGGUAUUCGUGACUGGACGUCUGGGGGGAUCACACACACAUUUCCGAUUAGAGGAGGAGAGAGAGGGAAUGUGUGUGUGUGUGUGUGUGAGAGAGAGAGAGAGAGAGAGAGAGAGAGAGAGAGAGAGAGAGUGAGAGAGUGAGAGAGAGAGAGGGAGUGAGAGUGAGAGAGUUUACCAUCUCAAUCCAACCAAUGAGACGGUCGAUACACUAGGAUUUUUAUAGUUGUGCAGGAGCACAAAGUGAGCUGAUUGUGUGAACUUCCAGGUAAAACUGCAAACCGUCUCAAGCUCACAUCUCCAGCUCACGAUACUCAGGUCUUCUCCUCUUUAAGCCCUCGGGGCUGCUCCUCCAGGCUUUGAUGCCCUCACUCUUUGAAGCAGGUGGACAGACGCAGGCAUGAGCAACAGUGGGACCAAAGAGCCGUCACCCCAGUCGAGCACUGCCCAGUCACCUCCUGAGCCUCAGCGGAGAGGCAGGGGUCGGCCACGGAAACAGCAGCAGGAGCCUGUUGGACCACCAACUCCAAAGCGACCCAGAGGACGACCAAAAGGCAGCAAGAACAAAGGCCCAAGAACUGCACUGAAGAAAGUGGAGCCCGUUGGGGAGAAACGACCACGUGGGCGACCAAGGAAAUGGCCCCAGAAAGUAGUUCAAGUUGCUGAGAAGCAGCAGGGCUCCUCAGAAGAGGCUGAAGAGGGUCCCUCGCAGUUUGAGCCCUCUACAUCUCAGGUUCCAGCGCAGGAGGAAGGGGAGUAGAUAGGAUGCCUCUCUACCUACCUCAAGGUUUGGCCUCAAACAAACAGGGGUACAGUCUGACUCCUACCGGUGACUGGGUUUCAUAAACAAACACACACACACACACAGAAUCAUUGCAGUGGUUUCUUCUCCCAACCGGAUAUUGUAUCCUGGUUUUAUUAUUGGUUCACUGAAAGAGUUUGGUGAACAAACUCUCUUUUAACAUGAAAUAAUUAGAUCUUUGGACAUGUUUUUUUAAGGGAAUAGUUCAACAUUUUGGGAAAUACGCUUAUUCACUUUCCGAGCCAGGAGUUGCAUUAGAAGAUUGAUACCACUCUCGUGUGUGAGGUAGAGCUAUUGUCAGCAGCUAGUUAGCUCAGCUUAGCACAAAACUGGAUACAUGUGGAAAUAGUUAGCCUGGCUCUGUCCAAAGGUAACAAAAUCUACCUACCAGCACCUCUAAUGCGCUGCUCAUUAAUUAACACGUUGUUUGAGCCAUACACAAAGUGGAAUAAUGCCGUUUUCUUUGUUUACAGAGGUCAUGUGCCUUUGAAUUUUAAAGGUGCUGGUAGGUGUGUUUUGUUUGUUUCCAGUCUUUAUGCUAAGCUAAGCAUUCUUUGUUGUAUCAAUCUUGUCUUCUAAUUCCAGGCAAGAAUGCAGAGACGCAAUUUUCACCAAAAAACUAUUGCGUUAAGGAUGCCUGCUUGAUGGACAGGCUUGCGGUUCAAAAUGAGAGGGGGGGUUGUUAAUUGAAACAUGUUUUUAAAGUGUCAUGAAUCCUCACGUGAACUGGGAGCAAGACAGUAACAUUUUUAGCAAUGCCACAAUAUAAACAUGGUGCUCUGACUUGAAGAUUCGUAGACUUGAAGAGUUUUCUUCCAAAAUGAAAUAUCCUAUUUUGGAGGGAAGAAAUAUCUCAAGUUCUUUGCUCAGAAUAAAAAAAGCAAAGAAUUACAUUAGAUCAAUUGUUAAUUUAAGCAAGAGUUCCGUUCAAAAUAAUAAUCUUAAUUUUUGUAUUUUUUCCUUCCAAAUGGCAGGAAGAAAAAAAACACCCAAAGGUUUAAAUGGAUGUCUCAUUUUUGGAAAGAAACCCUUCAAUAUAUACUUUAGUCAGCAACAGCGUUGACGUGUCAUUUUACCACACUCAGGAUUUUACUAUUACAGUGCUUUUACACCAUAUUGAAACCUCAGGUACAAAGCUAUUCAGGAACAUGCUGUCAGUCUACUCAGUAAUUAUUGUGCUGUGUUUGUUGUGCAUUUCUGAUCUGUAUUUGACAUUACCAGUAUGCCUUGACAAAAAGACCUCAUUUAAACCUCAGUUGUCCUCAGCUUCUUAAUCUCUCAUACUACCUCAGUAACACAAAAGAUCUCCAACUAAGUAACUCUCCACUCCCUCAGCAGCAACGCCCUAGACACACACACACACACACACACACACACACACACACACACACACGUUCAUUUGCAGAUCUACAACACAGACAGGCAAAGGGUUUUCAAGCCUACAUGCAAACACAAAGAAUUUGUACUAUGGGUGUACAGAUAAAAGCCACAGUGUCAUUUAUUUUAAAAACAACUGUAUUUGUUAAAGCUGAAGUGAGACUUGGUUUAUUCUCCUGGGAAAUAAAAUGCAGCCAAUCUGAUAAAAUACUUUCUUUUAGGGUGUAGUUCCUUAUGAAUUUCAUUUUUUUUUUUUUGGGGGGGGGGGGGGCUGUUCUGUUACUCAUUUCUCAUUUUUACUACUUCAUGUAUUUUCUGACUUGUACACUGUAAAUUGUAUGUGUGAUACUCUUACUUUGUGUGAUUUAAAAGCAAGGGCGGCAAAUGACCACACAGUGCUGAAAUACAUGUCCCUUAUAGUAAGCAACAAGUCAAGAGAACAACAGAUACCUUAUGAAUGACAAUGUCUGAAUCAAUUGUGAAAGCACGGCUAAUAGUAAACACUGCAUCAGUAACCUUAUCUUUGUUAUACCAAUUUAUGAGAAAAAAGGGUCCACGUUCUUCCUAACUUUCCUGUUUGGCUAUUAAAAGGUAGUAUGACGGGUAAAUGCAAAAAUAGUGUAAUAGAAGUAUGAGUAGAAACAAAAUAUAAACUGACUCAGUAAAAGUGUUUAUUAGUAACAUCUUCCUACCAAGUGACCAAAUGAGGCUGUUGCAGGAAACCCCCUGACUGUGUUGAAUUUUAGUGUAAAAUUGUGUAAAAAUUGAGUACAAACCCACACUUUAAGGUUAACUAAUUCAUAAACUGGUAAGUUUUAUAUGUAAUGAAUCAGUAAUAGUAUUUUUAUAUAUAGCUUACCAAAUUCUUUUGUUUAAACAUUUUUAAAAAUAAAAUGGGAUUCUAGCCUGCAGUCUGUUUUCACAAAAAUGUUUUUGAGACAUUGUUGGUCACGAUGGUUGCACUUUAACUGACAGACAGCCCAUUGCAAAUACUUCCAGCUCUUCAGAUUCAUUCAUUGUGUCAUCAUAUGUAGUAGACAUGUAUCCAUCAUGGACUACGUAUCACUUACUUGUUGUUUAUUACAUGACUUGAAUAUCACCUAUCAAUGUAUCAAGUGUUUCCUCCACCUAAAACUUGCCAACUGUAUCACUGAUAUGUUGUAUCCCAAUACUUUCAUGUAUUUCAGCAUUGUUGACUAAAUUGCUGCCAGAGGUGCUUAAUUAAUUUACAUACAGGUAUGUUUUCUUGUUCAUCUGCAUUGACUUUACUUUUUUUGCCAUCUGGACUACCUCUGAAAACUAACAAGCCUGGGACAUCUGUGAAGAAAUAAGUUAGUUGGUUGUCUCUGACCUUUUCCAUCAGACCAGGCGAUUUGCAUCAUGAAAUCUUGAAAUAAGUAUCAAACUAGUACUGUUGUAGUCCACUCAUCUCAUCUCUCUACAUUCAAUUCACCAUAAUGUUUGUUAUUUACACCAACUGUGUCUGGAUAUUUACUCUCUAUAUGGGGACAAGGUUGUUCUGAUAUCUUACUGCUAGUGAUAAAUAGUUACAUACAGUACUUGAUUCAUUUUCAACUAUUGAAAAGUUGAAGUGUAACUUGAGAAAUCAUCCUUUCUGCCUUACUUUUAACACCAUUUUGUAGUUGUUAUUGAUGUGUCCUCAUCCACUUCUUUAAUACAACUCACAAACCUGUGAUAUAUAUUUUUGUUAUGAUCUUUUACCAUGUGAUUUGUGUUAUUCUGCUUCUUUAUCGCUUAUUAAUAAAAUAUCGCACCUAU